CGUGACUAUCUUCACAUCGUAGAAGAGGAGAAUUUCAGGAUUAUGUGGACAUACCUCGUCGUGGUGGUGCUCCCACUCCAAUGAUAAUCACACACGUUUGUAGGCACUGGCGCCAAAUCACCCUCGAGUGCUCAAGUCUUUGGACAUUUAUCGACUGCCUCUCUGCUCCUUGGGUACCCAUCAUGCUUGAGAGGUCGAAGGAAGCUGCUUUGGUUGUCAUAUACAGUGCACCGUCCGUGCCAGAAUAUUGGCCACUGGCGCAACUGCUUUCGCAGUUGCCUCGAAUCAAAGUCCUCGAGUUGUGCACAUUCUCAGUUGUUGUCGAUCGCAUUUUGGACUGCUUAUCGUCGCAACUCGCCCCGUUACUUCAGAUAUUUGAAUAUAGAGUCCUGUGGAGCCAUGAUUCGAGAAUUUCCAUCAGGCCCAUAUCAGACACCAUCUUUCAAGGACGCACCCCCCUACUUCGGAGCGUUGAGCUGGAGGAAUGUGCCUUCAUCUUGACAUCGCGCGCUUUUGGCGGGCUUCAAACUCUAAAUCUAGGACAAAUUAACCCUUCUCCUCAUCUUACCCUGUCGCAGCUCCUCUCAGCUCUGAGAUGUAUGCCUGACUUGGAGCUGCUUACACUUCGGCUGCCGUCCAGAAUUUCUGAGGACACCGAGCUCUUCGACCAAAUUCUACUCACUCGGUUGGGAAGGAUAGGGUUGGAUGGCGCCAUCCGAACCGCUGUAUCUCUCUUCUCACAUCUAGUCCUUCCUGCUCAUGCCAGAAUCGCUCUAUACCUCAUAGAGAUUGAAAGCCCACAAAGCUUUUCCGAUCUAUUUUCUGCCAUCCACAAGGAUCCUGACGGAUCUUUUCCUAUCAUUCGGUCCCUGCGUGUCAUUUCUCGUGACACAUUUUGUGUCCAAUUCAGCAUGUCAUCAGCGAACAUUCGUGACAGCGAUAUACCACUCUCCUUCCAAUUCGAAUAUGCUUGCAACCCUGCCAUCAUAUUUGACAUGUGUCGGAUGGUCCCGCAUAGUAAGAUCCAAAACCUGUCUAUAUCGACCUCCCUUGAUCUCUUGCAAAAUUUCUGGCACGCAGGGUUCGCCCACCUUCCGGAGCUUGAGAGUAUCUAUCUGAAUAGGACAUCCAUUGCAGGCUUUAUCCUUGCGCUCAUGACUGUAGGCGUGUCUAUAGCCUACCCCUUACUCCGUACUCUGGAACUUGUGCGUAUUGACAUCGGAUGCGAUAGACCUUCAGGAGAUUGCCAGAAUGCGAGCCGAAGGUGGAGUUGGCAUACAAAAACUCAGAUUGACGGGCUGCAGGAAUGUAAUGUGCAGCUCCUUGAGAGAGUGAUUGUAGAUGUUGAUUGGGAUCAUUGAAGAGGAGUUGACGGUCAGCGACGGCGGCUGUGUUUAAAGUCCUACAAGCUUGGAUGACGAUUCGUCUGCCGAUGCGCAUUCGGAGGACUAGUUUUAAUGUAUUACAGUCUGGACAAGUUACGAUCAGUUCCAGACUGAAUGAAAUAUACUUGACGGAUUUUGUCUGGAG